UUAAGGAACAAUUCCCAGUUCACCAAGUUUCACAGACAUUUGCCCAAAGGACCCUGGUGUGCGCACAACCUUUGUGGAGUUUUUCUGUUUCUUGCUGAAGGAAAAUGGCAACAAAUGGAGACUUCAUGACCACAGACACAGUCUUCGACUCAACCACAGACCCUUAUUAUUCCUAUGACUAUGGAGAUGAAAUGUGUGACAAAACACGUGUCAUGCAGUUUGGAACGAUCUUCAUUCCGGUUUUCUUCUCCAUUAUGGUGAUCUUCAGCCUGUUCGGAAACAUCCUGGUCAUUGUGAUUCUGGCCAAGUAUGAGAAUCUUAAAUCUCUCACCAACGCUUUCAUCCUGAACCUGGCUGUAUCGGAUCUCUUCUUCACCGUAGGUCUGCCCUUCUGGGCCUACUACCACAUGUAUGGGUGGACUCUGGGGGAGCCUGCAUGCAAAAUAGUCAACUUUGUCUUCUUCGUUGGCUUCUACAGCAGUGGUAUCCUCCUCAUCAUGAUGACCGCUCACCGUUAUGUAGCUGUCAUGAAUCCUCUGUCUGACAUUGUGACGACCACCGGCAUCUCUAGUGUCUUAGUGUCUGUGAUCAUUUGGGCAGCAAGUAUCUUGAUUGCCAGUCCAGCCUUCAUCUUCACCAAAGUCAAGGACAAUAAUCAGUGUGUGUAUGCAGAUUCUAACUGGAGCUUAUGGGGAAUCUACCAACAAAAUAUUCUCUUCAUAGUGAGUUCAGUGCUUUUCAGUUUUUGCUAUUCUCAGAUCAUUUGCAGGUUGCUACGCCCUACUGCCCAAAGAAAGAACAAAACUUUAAAGCUUAUUUUUACGCUCAUGGUUGUUUUCUUUGUUGGGUGGACACCUUACAAUUUUGUGAUAUUUCUGAAGUCAUUUUAUUUGUGGAACAACCAACCUGUUGACUCACAUAAUUUGGUUGCAGUUUGUGAACCAUAUAAACAACUGGAAUAUGCGUAUGAUGUUAGCCGAAUUUUUGCCUUUUCACACUGCUGCCUCAACCCUGUGCUUUAUGUGUUUGUGGGUGUUAAAUUCAAAAAUCACUUGAAAAAAAUCCUGAAGAGCUUGGGCGGCAACAAAAGUAGCAUACGCAAUAGACAAAGCCGACUUACAAUCACAUCGGUAACUAGUGGGGAGGAGUUCUCUCUGUAGUUGAAGUAGUUCCCAAAGACCUCAAUCAAAAUCAAAUUGACAUUCACAAUAAUGCGAUCCCUUGCUUGUAACCAUUUCAUUCCCUUUAUUCAUAUCUAUAUAAGGAUGGUAACUUUAAAAACGAUAACAGGUGAAGAACAUCAUCCUCCAGAGCAACUAGGGUGAUUACUAUAUUAUUGAUCAAUUGCCUGUCUAUGUGUCAAGCUACAUUUAGUUCCUCAAUAGAUGACCAUAUAGACUGUAUAUAAAAAUGGACAUAGUCACCGGGUCUGCAAAAUGAAGCCAAUGUGGACGAGCCUUAAACCUGUAUUCUCUGGAAUCACCAGCAGAGGACGACUCUCUGGUUACAAAAAAGUCAGUUUGUAUAGAAAUCUAUGAGAAAAUGACUCUUCUUGAUUUAUAACAAAACAUUAAUCCUGAGGAGUUUAUGGUCUCAAGCGAUAGUUUAGUCUUCUUCAAUAAAGCAUGAUCUUCAUUUUGUCAAUUAUGGUCUAAUAUAGAAUGAAACAGACGAUAAAGCAGGGUAGUGUGGAUACAGCCCAAUUGACAGCUAGUCUCUCCAAUCGGUGCAUGGUUGCAGGUGUGGGUGAGCGUGCAGUGAACAAGCUCUCAGUCCGACCCACCAUCCAAUUCCAGCUCCAAUUUAAAAAAAACCAACAUGGCACUGGUCAAAAUGCUAAACUCGCGGCUUCCAAACAAGUGUUCUCAUCAGCUCAUCACAUGGCAAGAACUCAAAGCAUAAAACCUUUCUGAAAAGCUCAAGAGGUUUAGUUGUUGUUCAGACCAAACAUCAGAAUGGAGGAGAAAUGUCAUCUACAUGACUUUCUUUAUGGCAUGGCUGUUUUACUUGUAGACUUUACAAACAGGCAACAAAAAAAACCUUGUUAAUGAGAGGUCAGAGAAGAAUGGUCGGGCUGGUUCAAACUGACUGGAAGGUGCAUCACUGAACACACAACACAUCUCUGGAUUAAUGCUGAGGCACACAGAUGGUGGGGUCCGAAUAUGACAUGAACCACAUGAGUCCAUGGACCCGACAUGAUUUGUGUCAACAGUCCAGACUCAUGGUGAUGGUGUUGAAGGGAAUAUUUUCUUCCCACACAUUGGACCCAUUGAUACCAGCAUGGUUUAAAUGCCACAGUGUAUACCUGAAUAUUGAUACUGACCAUGUGCCGGUCUUAAUGACAACAGUCUACUCAUCUUCAAAUGGCUGCUUCCACCAGAAUGAAUGUGGAGCUGACAAAUAUGCAGAAAUGAUGGGACGCAAUCAUGUAAACAUGGAGCAGAACCUCAAAGGAAGUUUUCCAUCACACUUGUGAAUACAUGUCAUAAAAAAUGCAGGCUGUUCUGGGGCCAAAAUGAGGUCCGACAUAGUAUUAGAAAGGUGUAUUCAAUAAAGUGGCCGCUGUUUGUAUGAGAACUAAAGCUUUUGUUUGAUAGCUGUGAUACGUAGUGUAGUGUUGCAUAUUUAAUAUCCUCUUGUAAUCAAGUGUUGUUAUCUACUUAUCUACAAACACAAUAUGCUGUUGCUGUAUAUGUAAUUUCGAUGCGUGCUGAUAAGUUGAUUAUCAAUUGUAAAAGAGAUAAUAUAUCUGUAUAUGACUGAAUAUGUUACCCUUGAUUACCUGAAUUUUAUUUUGUAUAUUAAAAUUUUCCACGUUAA